AUGGGUUCUAGGCGACUGACGAUCUUUCCAAGAACGGUGAAUGGCGUCGACAACGCCAGUCCUAUUACGAGAAAUGAUGACUCUAGUGAACUGAGUGCCAUAAAGAGAAAAUUACAUAGCGAAGAAGGAACAUUAGAACGUAAACUUCAAAAGUUUACAACACCCCUUCGAGUAAAGCGCAAAAUCUUCACACCACUCGAUGAAGAUCCUGGAAAAUUCUAUCGGUGUAUACACAUUGUGGAUCCGGAAGGGGAAAGGCCGUAUUGUAUAGCCCAAGGAAUCGCCUCAGUUGCUAAUGAGAACGCGUAUCGGGUUGUGAUGAUCCGACGCAGCUCAGGAAAAUUUUUUUAUGGCCUAGAGGAUCCGAACCCGAACCUUCUCAACGUCGUGUCUGUCUUCAGAUUUCAGGAUUCUCUAUUUACUGUAUUCGAUAGACCAGGUCUCCCACUAUCUGAGAUCGCUGUGUCUCAUUCCCCACGGCUGGGUUUAGCUGAGGUAAAAACGAUAAGCGCAGAGGCACUUUCUGGUAUCUCUGCUAUGUGUGAUGCAGGCCUUCACUUGCCUUCUAUUGAUGUGGAAGACAUCACAAUUUCAGCAACCAAUGGUCAAGUUCAAGUUGCUAUACACAGAGCAUAUUCGCAAGAAGCAACGACAAAUGAAAAGGCUACCGCCUUUGGGGUCAUGCUAGAUGACUUAGUGUCGCGUGUUCCAGAUUCUUCAACAUUACAGCACAGCCAGGAUCUCGUUGCUUUCAUUCAAUACGCCGCUGAAACAACAUAUCAAGAACUGAAGAAGGAUAAGUUUUUGAGAGACUCGUUGCCCACACCGUCACUGAUUCCUUUUGUCUUAAAUGCACAAAUUAUAGUUUUCCCGGUCGAAUAUAUAACAGAAGCUGUGAUUGCAGAUUUAGGGACAACGUAA